AUGACAGCUCAAGCACGAGCAUCAGCAAGCAACCCGCCAGCCCGUCAGAAGGAAGCGAAGAUCGGUAAUCUAGCCGGUCGAGGAUUUGCGCAUCAUGCAAUUCAUGGAUUACGCGAACCCCGUGACGGGACGGUAAUUGUGGUUGUGGUUGUGGACGACAGAAUGUUCCUUUCAUGGAACGCUGCAGCUGGUCGAAAAGAGCCUCACCAUCUUCCGCAGUACAUUCACGAGGAUCCCUUGGCGGUGAUGUGCAAGAUGAAUUACGGGAUAUGUGCAUUACCGGAGAUUUCGCCGUUCUGGGCAAUUCCUACAAUGAUGAUGAAGAGUGGUGGUGGUGUCUUUCGACGACGGACGGCAAGGCAAGCAAAAGCGGCCUUCUCUUGGAAGGAGUCUGCACCUCUUUUGUCGAUUUGCUUUUUCUGGGCCACGGGCGCCAAUCACGUCCUGCCGUGGCUCGGUGCAAAGCUGCCGUGGGAUGUGGCGGGGUGGGGAAUAGAAGGCAUGGAAAGACCGUUAGGACGAGCGAAGGCAACUUCGAGUCCGACGUCGUUUUCCACCAAUGGGGCUCCCUGGCCCGUUGCAGCUCCUGCUUUCUUGUGUACCCACUGUCGCUGGCUGGAGGGGAGGGGAGAAGAGAAGGGGGGGUCAUCGUCGUCGUAG